UCCAGCGGCGCGCGCGCCAUGUUCCCGUAUCGUCGCGGAGGCGCGACGACGUGCCUCCUGCUGCUGGCGAUAGCUUGCGUCCUCUCAUGCGUCAGCGUGGCGGCCGCGCGGCCGGCGCCGACGACGACGAUGCUGCACGGCGGCGCGGUCGUCAGCCGGUACUCGUUCUUUCCGGGCAAGCCACGGUGGGUGAGGCUCCGACGGCCAAUGGUGCUGACGUACGCGCUGUCCAAGACCGCCACCGUCGGGUACCUCCCGCGGGACGCCGUGCGGGCCGUGCUGCGGAGCGCGUUCGCGCGGUGGGCGGAGGCCAUCCCGGUGAGCUUCGCCGAGACGGAGCGCUACGGCGCGGCGGACAUCACGGUGGGCUUCUACGCCGGCGACCACGACGACGAGGACGCGUUCACCGGGCCGCAGACAGUGUUCGCCCACGCCUUCGAGCCGGAGGACGGCCGCCUGCACUUCAACGCGCAGAACCACUGGGCGGUGGACCUGAGCGCGGACAGCUCGCCGGACGCCGUCGACCUGGAGUCGGUGGCGACGCACGAGAUCGGCCACAUCCUCGGCCUCGACCACGCGACGUCGGUGAGCUCGGUCAUGUACCCGUACAUCAGCCUGAGGGAGAGGAAGGUGCAGCUCAGUGGCGACGACGUCCAAGGCAUCCAGGAGUUGUAUGGGGUCAACCCAAACUUCAGCUUCACAAGCUACUUCAAGCCGCACCAUGAGCCCCCCGCCACUCGAUUUUGGGGGCUUGGUCUAGCCUACCUCCUACUUGCGCCGUUCUAGGGAGAUGGAUUAUCACUUAAAAAAAUACGUAUAUAUAAAUUCGACCUUGAUAAGUUGUAACACCCGCCACUCGAUUUUGGGGGCUUGGUCUAGCCUACCUCCUACUUGCGCCGUUCUAGGGAGAUGGAUUAUCACUUAAAAAAAUACGUAUAUAUAAAUUCGACCUUGAUAAGUUGUAACACCCGCCACUCGAUUUUGGGGGCUUGGUCUAGCCUACCUCCUACUUGCGCCGUUCUAGGGAGAUGGAUUAUCACUUAAAAAAAUACGUAUAUAUAAAUUCGACCUUGAUAAGUUGUAACACCCGCCACUCGAUUUUGGGGGCUUGGUCUAGCCUACCUCCUA